AUGCAAGAGCCCACAGUGUCCAAAGAGAAAGAAGACCCAAAAUGUGCUCCAUCUAGAGUUGAUCUAAAUGGAGAGGAAAAGGUUCAAGAACAACCAGAACCUACAUCUGCCCAACCAAAGAUUGAAGAGGCUGAGAAAGAGAUCCUUGAGACCUUCCGAAAGGUAGAGGUGAACAUACCUCUACUAGAUGCAAUCAAGCAAAUACCCAAGUACGCCAAGUUCUUGAAAGACUUAUGCACCCAUAGGAGGCGUCUUAAGAGUAAUGAGAAGGUAAAUAUGGGUAGGAAUGUUUCUACACUCUUUGAAAAACAAAGGUCCACAAUGCCUGAGAAAUGUAAGGACCCAGGAACAUUCACUAUCCCAUGCAUUAUUGGUAAUAAUAUGAUUGAGAAUGCCAUGCUAGAUUUAGGAGCAUCUAUAAAUGUCAUGCCAUUGUCCAUUUUUACUUUACUGUCUCUUGGAGUUUUUCCAACAGAUGCACCAAAAGCCAAAAAGGAUAAGAUAAGGAGUGAUGCCAAACACUAUGUUUGGGAUGACCCUUAUUUAUGGAAAUUCUGCAGUGACCAAGUCAUUAGAAGAUGUGUGCCUGAUGAAGAGGAUUCAUGGCAAGCAUAUUCCACCUGUGAAAGAUGCCAGAGAGCAGGCAGAGUAAUUACCUGGAGACAGGAGAUGCCCCAGCAACCCAUCCUGUACUGUGACAUCUUUGAUGUCUUGGGUAUUGAUUUUAUGGGACCAUUCCCUUCCUCUUUUGGUUUUCUGUAUAUACUUCUUGCUGUUGAUUAUGUCUCAAAAUGGGUGGAAGCUAAAGCCACCAGGACUGAUGAUGCUAAAGUUGUUGCAGAUUUUGUCCGUAGCAACUUGUUUUGUAGGUUUGGAAUCCCUAGAGCCAUCAUUAGUGAUCAAGGAAGUCAUUUCUGCAAUAGGACUAUGGAAGUCUUAUUGAAGAAAUAUGGAGUUGUGCACAAAGUUUCCACUGCCUAUCACCCACAGACAAAUGGGCAGGAUGAGCUCUCCAAUAGGGAAAUCAAGAAAAUACUUGAGAGAGUAGUGCAGCCCCAUAGAAAAGAUUGGAGCCGCAGGCUUGAUGAUGCCUUGUGGGCACAUAGAACAGCUUUUAAGACACCCUUGGGAAUGUCACCAUACAGGGUGGUCUAUGGAAAAGCCUGCCAUCUACCAGUUGAAGUAGAACACAAAGCUUACUGGGCAGUAAAGACUUGCAAUAUCCAUUAUGACUCAGCUGGAGAGCAGAGGAAAUUACAGCUGCAAGAGUUGGAGGAGCUACGUCUGGAGGCCUAUGAGAACUCCAGAAUUUACAAGGAAAAGACCAAACAAUAUCAUGACAAGAAGAUCUCAAGCGAAGAGUUCUACGUUGGUCAAAAGGUUCUUUUGUUUAAUUCUCGUCUUAAACUCAUGCCUGGAAAGCUCAAAUCAAGAUGGCUUGGACCCUUCACUGUUACGAAGGUAUUUUCCCAUGUUACCUUGGAAGAAGUUGAGGAGAUUGAACUGCACUCACCAUGCACUAAUCUCUCCUAUAACCUAUGCAACAUGGCUAAUACACACAGGAAGACCACCCCUAGAGCCAAGAGAGCCAGAGCUGCUGGAGCUUCAUCAUCCAGACCCCCUCCUGCACAUGACCCGAGGUUUCGCUCAUUAGCUCAUGAAGAAUAUUUCAGAACCAACAUCCUGCGAAGGCAGAUAGUGCAAGAUCGUAACUUUGAGAUCCAGGAGGGCACCUAUACUCAAUUUCAGGAGGAAAUUCAGAGGAGGGGCUGGGAUCUGUUUACCUCUUGUGCUGGAAAUGGGUGGAAGGAGAUCACCUAA